CUUCAAAGCAUAGCAUAGUAUGAUCAUCGACCAUCGAAAGAUGUCAUAGGCACACUCUUCUCCCACACCGAAAUAUACUCAACCGAAAGAUAUCCGGUGAAUGCCAAGACUGCACAAAUCUCCCAUUGGGAGAAGGCAGUACGCAUUAACACGUGAACUAUAGACAAGACUCCGUCACUUCCCCUUGCCCACUCAGAUAGAGAUAAGGUUAUCUCUCCAACCAAGAUCCAGCCACACGCGAUGAUCGCACUUAUCCACGGGACGAUGCGUUCAUCCCAUUGCGUCACAGCGGGCCGAUUUCCUGUUUGGGCUAUCCGCCACAACCUGGCCGAACCGACCAACAUUCCACAUUCUUGAGAAAAACAACUUCUUCAAUUCCAUUUCACCCUUCAUAUCUCCUAAAUUGUUCAUCUUGACCUACUUGAAUAAGAUUCAUAGACAGAACAGCCACAAUGUUCGCCUGGUACCAACGAAGUCUCAUCCAACGACCCUACCUCACGCAGGGUCUAACCACAGCCGCCCUCUUCGCCCUAGGCGACGGCCUUGCGCAAACCGCCAUCGAGAAACGUCCCCUGUCCGAAUAUGAUGUAAUGCGCAGCAGCCGGAUGGCGCUGUACGGCGGCGCCAUCUUCGGCCCCGUGGCCACAAAAUGGUACCAACUCCUGCAAGCGCGCGUCGCCUUCCGCUCCGCAGGCAGCACGCUCAUCGCCCGCGUCGGCGCCGACCAGCUCCUCUUCGCGCCGACGAUGAUCGGCGUGUUUUUGAGCAGCAUGGCGCUCCUCGAGGGCAAGAGCCCCGCCGACAAGCUGGCCCGGAGUUACGGGGCCGCGCUGCGCGCGAACUGGACGGUGUGGCCCGCCGUGCAGGCCGUGAAUCUGUUCCUGGUGCCCCUGCCGUUUCGGGUGUUGGUGGUCAAUGUGGUGAAUGUUGGGUGGAAUUGUUUCAUGAGUUUGAUCAAUAAUGCCCCGCGCGGGGAGGAGCAGCCGAUUGGGGCUUGAGGAAUUUGUAGAGUGCUAGGGAUAGGGGGUUUGGGGUUGGGGUUAGAUGAAGGGGUUCUUUAUGUAUGACUGACAUGGUGGCUCGUGUUGCUUGGUUGUAAGUUAUAGAUGGUAUAGAUCGGAGGGACUUGAUU